GUACCUGCAGAUAUGGUUGCAGAAGAAUCAGGUCCUGGUGCACAAAAUAGUCCAUAUCAACUUCGUAGAAAAACUCUUCUACCUAAAAGAACAGCUUGUCCUACAAAGAACAAUAUGGAAGGUGCUUCUACUUCCACCACCGAAAAUUUUGGUCAUCGUGCAAAACGUGCUAGAGUUUCUGGAAAAUCACAAGACUUAUCAGCAGCACCAGCCGAACAAUACCUUCAAGAGAAAUUGCCAGAUGAAGUGGUUCUGAAGAUUUUUUCAUAUUUGUUGGAGCAAGAUCUUUGUAGAGCAGCUUGUGUGUGUAAGCGCUUCAGUGAGCUUGCUAAUGAUCCAAUUUUGUGGAAACGAUUAUACAUGGAAGUAUUUGAGUAUACACGUCCUAUGAUGCAUCCUGAACCUGGGAAAUUCUACCAGAUUAAUCCAGAAGAAUAUGAACAUCCAAAUCCUUGGAAAGAAAGCUUUCAGCAGUUGUAUAAAGGAGCACACGUAAAACCAGGAUUUGCUGAACAUUUCUACAGUAACCCUGCAAGAUAUAAAGGGAGAGAAAAUAUGCUAUAUUAUGACACCAUCGAAGAUGCAUUAGGUGGAGUACAGGAAGCUCAUUUUGAUGGACUUAUCUUUGUUCAUUCUGGUAUAUAUACUGAUGAAUGGAUAUACAUUGAAUCUCCAAUUACCAUGAUUGGUGCAGCACCUGGAAAAGUGGCAGACAAAGUCAUAAUCGAAAACACUAGAGAUUCAACUUUUGUUUUUAUGGAAGGUUCUGAGGAUGCUUAUGUUGGAUAUAUGACUAUCAGGUUCAACCCUGAUGAUAAAUCUGCUCAGCACCACAAUGCCCACCACUGCUUAGAGAUUACAGUGAACUGUAGCCCAAUAAUAGAUCACUGUAUUAUUCGAAGUACCUGUACAGUUGGAUCUGCAGUAUGUGUUAGUGGACAAGGAGCGUGUCCCACUAUCAAGCACUGCAACAUCAGCGACUGUGAGAAUGUCGGACUUUAUAUAACAGACCAUGCACAGGGGAUAUAUGAAGAUAAUGAGAUUUCCAAUAAUGCUUUAGCUGGGAUUUGGGUUAAAAAUCAUGGAAACCCCAUUAUUAGACGGAAUCACAUUCAUCAUGGACGUGAUGUUGGUGUGUUCACGUUUGACCAUGGCAUGGGUUACUUUGAAAGCUGUAAUAUACACAGGAACAGGAUAGCAGGCUUUGAGGUAAAAGCUUAUGCUAACCCUACCGUAGUUCGAUGUGAAAUCCACCAUGGUCAAACUGGAGGCAUUUACGUCCAUGAAAAAGGAAGAGGACAAUUCAUAGAGAAUAAAAUCUAUGCAAAUAAUUUUGCGGGUGUAUGGAUUACCUCAAAUAGUGACCCAACAAUAAGGGGGAAUUCAAUAUUUAAUGGAAAUCAAGGAGGAGUUUAUAUCUUUGGUGAUGGAAGAGGCCUUAUUGAAGGAAAUGACAUUUAUGGUAAUGCAUUAGCAGGAAUUCAGAUCAGAACAAAUAGUUGUCCCAUUGUUCGACAUAACAAAAUCCAUGAUGGUCAGCAUGGUGGGAUUUAUGUGCAUGAAAAAGGACAAGGUGUGAUAGAAGAAAAUGAAGUUUACAGUAAUACUCUGGCUGGAGUUUGGGUAACAACAGGAAGUACUCCGGUAUUGAGGAGAAACAGAAUACACAGUGGCAAGCAGGUUGGUGUUUACUUUUAUGACAAUGGACAUGGAGUACUAGAAGACAAUGACAUCUAUAAUCAUAUGUACUCGGGAGUUCAAAUAAGAACUGGAAGCAACCCUAAAAUUAGGCGCAACAAGAUCUGGGGAGGCCAGAAUGGUGGAAUUCUAGUUUAUAAUUCUGGUCUAGGCUGUAUAGAAGACAAUGAAAUUUUUGAUAAUGCAAUGGCUGGUGUUUGGAUUAAGACAGACAGUAAUCCUACACUAAGAAGAAAUAAAAUCCAUGAUGGAAGAGAUGGUGGCAUCUGUAUAUUUAAUGGAGGCCGAGGUCUCCUUGAAGAAAAUGAUAUUUUCAGAAAUGCUCAAGCUGGUGUGUUAAUCAGCACGAAUAGUCAUCCCGUCUUAAGGAAAAAUAGAAUAUUUGAUGGAUUUGCUGCAGGUAUUGAAAUUACAAAUCAUGCAACUGCAACACUAGAAGGCAAUCAAAUUUUUAAUAACCGGUUUGGAGGCUUAUUUCUAGCAUCUGGUGUUAAUGUAACAAUGAAAGAUAACAAAAUAAUGAACAACCAAGAUGCCAUAGAAAAGGCUGUUAGUAGAGGCCAAUGCUUAUAUAAAAUAUCAAGCUAUACCAGCUACCCCAUGCAUGACUUCUACAGAUGCCAUACUUGUAACACCACAGAUCGUAAUGCCAUAUGUGUGAACUGCAUUAAGAAGUGCCAUCAGGGACACGAUGUAGAAUUUAUUAGACAUGAUAGGUUUUUCUGUGACUGUGGUGCUGGAACACUGUCUAACCCCUGUACGUUAGCCGGCGAGCCUACACAUGAUACAGAUACACUAUAUGACUCUGCUCCACCUAUAGAAUCUAAUACGUUGCAGCACAAUUGAAUUCCUUCUCUAAGGAGAGUUCUACCAUUCUAACUUAAAACUAUUAAAAACUUUUGGAGGAAGAUACUUGCCCAUUUCUGCAGGAAGAGACUGUAAAAUGGAUAUAUAAGGUGUUGACACUAUGAAGCUCAACCUACCAAAAAGAAAGUGGCAAUAUAUUGACUCAGGAUCACAGAACUGGGUGUUUUAGCAUUACUGUGUAAAGACUUUUUGAAGGGACAGAAGUGAAGAAAAUAAGCUGCAAUUUUGUACAGAUACCAACUUCUGUAAAGCUGGUGUUUUUACAACUAGCAAUGAACGCAGUCCACUUUGCAGUAGUACUAUUCAGUAGACAGGCAGCAUUGUUGCUGCUUUUAUGGACAUGGGUACCAAUUGCUUUUGUAAUAUGGUAAAAAAAAAAUGUGAGCUAGCACUUCUGCAUUUUUGAUUUUUUUAACAUGUAUUCAGAUUGAGAUAUGAUUUUAAUGCUUUAAUCUCAUGUAGUUUGUUUUUAAUUUCAAGCAAAAUUGUACUUGAAUGUGUCCCAUUUUGUUAGCACACCUAGACUUGCUGUAACUGUACUCAUGUCCCAGUAUGUACGUUCUUUCUAUGAAAGAGAAAACACUAAUCUUAAAUUAUAUCCAGCAAUGUUUCUGGUAUCCUUUAAGAAAGUUAGACUAUUAUUUCCUUUCCUUCCCUUCCCUGUCCCAGCAGCAAUCAAAUCACCCCCCCUAGAAAAAGUGAGUGUUUUAAUGAGACUUCCUAGGAAGGGAUGCACUGUAAAACAAAGUAUUCUUGUAACUAAUUUUGUGAAAGGUAAAGCUACUAUGUUUUAAAGUACACUUUAGAAAGUCUCCUCAAAACAGUCCUGUAUUUUUAAUCUGUUCAUAGUUUUUUUUUGAACAGUCUAGACAUAACUGCUGGAAAUUAAAACAAUUUCCUGCUCUAAUGAAGCUGAGACAAGUAUAUAUACAGCCCUAUACAGUUUCAUAGCUUCCCCCUCCCCCAUUUAUGUGUAUUGGUGACAGUGGGUAAUCAAACAGCCUGAAAGUAUAUGCAUGUACCAUAACAUCUA